GCUCAGGCGAGAUUGAUUGAGGUCACGUGACGAGGAAGCGUUGGCAGUUUUUUUUUUCUUUUUCUUCGCCUAACUCGCGCGAGCUGCUCAACCGCCGCGUCACUUGACGCCAGGCUCGCGACGCUCGCUUCGAGGCGGCUCACUUUCGGUUCUUUCUCGUCGUGAGGUGGAAGUGCUUUGGUUGAGACUCGCCGUCAUGAGCUGCUGGGGCAACGCGGGAUGGGCGCUGCUUGUGCUGCUUCUCGCCUCGGCCCUCGAAGAAGAUGAUGCUGUUAAUACUACCACAGUGAGCCCAGUAACCAACGUAACUUCCAUAGGUAACACAACUUUGCAUCCAGUGACCACUAUGCCUGCUAACGUUACAGCAAGUACAAAUGCAACUGUUCUGCCAACACCAGGUGCCAAUGCUACCACAGUUCAUCCACCGACCACAGGUAACACAACAUCGCAUCCAGUAAGACCCACAUCUCCUAAUGCUACAGUAAUUACAACUCCACAUACACCAGAUCCUGUAACUCACAAGCCAACCUCGAAACCACCUUCUCACAGGUCCACCUUUGAUGCUGCCAGUUUCAUUGGUGGCAUUGUCCUUGUGCUGGGUCUGCAAGCAGUUAUCUUCUUUCUGUACAAAUUUUGCAAGUCAAAAGAACAAAACUAUCAUACUCUCUAGGAUAUAUUGCUUUUUAAUGGACUUCUAAUAGCUGAAUAUUUGUGAUUAGCUGCACCAAAAGAUCUUUAUUCCUUCUAGAAGACAGUAGUUCAAAAUAUUUUUCAAAAGUUUUUUUUAAAGAAUAUAUAUCUGCAACAUGCUUGGAAGGAGAUUGUGCGAAUCCUGUCUUGCUCUGCAAGAUUACUUAGAAUAUUUUGCAUGAAUCCUUAUUGGCUGUCUUAAUUUUUUUUGUAGCAGCUGCUACUAUGGGAUCUUUUCCUUUACCUGACAUGCCAAAUGUAGACUUUAAUUCAUAUUGUGUUCGGUGACAGCAGUGUACUUAUUAGGUAAUCUUAUUAUUGCAAUGUCUGAAGUAGUUAGUCUUAUAUGCAAUGCCCCCCAUAUGAUUAUUAAAAUGUGAAUUGCCUAUUACUAUUUGUGUGAAAAUUAUGGAGUUAUAUCAUGUUCUGCUAGAGGUCUGGGACAGGUUUGUAGAAUACUAUCUUUUUUCUUAGAAAUUAUGGAAGCCCAUAUUUUUCUAUACUAGAUGUCAGAAGGGUAAUUGUUUUGUAAUUCAAAUGUAAGCAGCCAUAGGAAGAAUAAAGAUCAGAGAAUACAGAUUCCUUGGUGCAUGAAGAAGAAAGAGCAGUGCCUUAAUGAGUAGGCUGCAAAUUGCAGUAUUUGUGCCACCUUAUUUAUUCAAGGUAUAGUGAAUGUCAUUCCAUUUGCAGCGACUUACCUUUGGUAGAAAAAUGAAUAAAAAGAAUUCAUAUGCCAUCUUCAAGUAAUUUUAGUGAAAUAGAAGUGGAAGAAAACAAUGUGUCCAGCCUUCAUAUGUUUCUAAGGUUAUGUCUUCGGAUUACUUGCCUUGGAAAAUACAGCAACAGGCUUUAUAUAUGGGAGAGUACUAUUUUGUCAUUUAUGAUUAUUUCCAAGCCAUAGUACAUGUGCUUUGUGAAUGAUAUUUUGUUCCCACCUAGCAAUCUAGUUUCCCUUUCAUCAGUUUCAUAAAGCAUUGAUUGUAAUUAUAAAGCUGAGCUGACUGAGUCCUUGGGAUUGCUUUAUUGUCAAUACAAUUGCUGGUGUUUAUUUUGCAAACUGCAUGACAUAUGCAGUUUAAAUACUAGUAACUUAGUAGGUUUAAAUGUUAUUCUUGGAUGAGCUGCAAUAGAACUCAUGGGGAAAAUGUUAUACUUGAUAUUAAACUGCUAGUGGUAUUUGGCUUCUUGUAAAAAAAAUUAGGUGCAUUUUAAUAUUACGGUUUCUCUAGCCCUUAUAGCUUGAAAUAGUAUUCACUUCAAUAAUGUUGUAUAGGAAGUUUGUAACAUUUAGUACUGUAACUUGAAAGACCUUUCAGGAAACUUCUCUCCUUAAAAAAAGACAAUAAGCUCAGGUGUAUGAAACAGUAAAAUGGCCACCCAAUUUUCAGCAAGUGGCAUGGCUGGGGUGGGUGGUACAAUGGCCUUAAAAUAAUAGUUUCUCCAUCAUUUUUAGUUUGAUAAAUCAGAUAUAAGUAUAGAAAUAUAUUCUAAGAAAUAAACAUAAGAGUAAGAUACUUAAGAAGUUUAAAAUCUGUGUUCUUUACUCAGCUCUUGCUUAUGCUUAGUGAAACUCAAAAGCUUUUUAGUUUCCUUUCUUACUGAUUCUUGAAUGGCUGAUAAUUUUUUGUCUUGUAAAAUUAUAGCAGAAGUUUCCAAAGUGUAAUAGGGCUACACACAUUCAAAGAUUGAAAUUCGAGCCAAUUUUGUUACUGAGCCAAGAGUAGCUGUCAAAAAUACCACUAAACAGAUAUAUAUUUUGCGCUAAACAUAAAAAUCCUCCUUUAAGUGCCUUAAGUUUUCCUGAUGUUGGCCUCAUUCCUGUCAAAGAAAUGUAGGGAGGGAAAGUAGCCACUCAGAUUGUCCCUCUGUGCCAGCAGUUGCUAUUUUCCAAGGAAUUUAGGAAAUUCAGGUUUUGCUGCUACUCUUCAGGAAGUCCACAUUUUCUACUUUGUUAACAUACAUCUAUGUAUUUAAGACAUUCACAUUUUUAUGUAAUGGCAUAACAUUUGGAUGUUUAGACCAUGCUAUUUCAACCAUGUACCAAACUCUGGCUUAAGACUGUGAGAGGAUUUCCUCUUAUAUACUUGUUUUUUUUUCUUUCUUAUCUUCUAUAAAUAAGUAGGUGAAAACUAUUUUGUUCUCAAUUUUAUAGUACAGCUAGGCUGGCAUUAGUUACAGUAAUAGAUUUUCACUAUUUUCUGCUAUUUGAAGUUCAGAAUAAGGCUUUUAAAAUGUACCUAUGUGGAAUAGCUGAUUAUGUGACUAUACAAGGCAGUAAGUAAAUUGUGAUUUUUUUUAUCCUUUUAUGAGCAUUGUCCCUAAAAUUCCCUUGUGCGUAUUGCACUUGGAAUGGAAUAUAUUACAGAGAUUACUGUGUUGCAUAUGUGUUGUCUCCAUUGGAAGGAAUGCAAAUUAUUAUUCACAAAACCAAAAUAAAUCACUUAUGAAUAUG